AUGGGAGACUCCCAUUUAUUGCGGGUUGUGACGUCAAUAUUAAUAUUACUACGAUGCUCUGCAUUUUCUGAAAACUAUGAAUGCCCGCAAAAGUGCGAUUGCUUGGUACAGUAUGUUGACUGUUCCGAUAAAAAGUUGGUUACGGUGCCAAGAAUUCCUAAGUGGGUGGAACAACUCGACCUAAGCCAUAACAAAUUGAACGAAGGCGUAACGCAAGGUUUCGAUAAGUUAAUCUCCCUAAGAAUUUUAAAACUUGAUAAAAAUGCGAUUCAAAAUAUUCCAAGUUUCCUUGAACAAAAUCAAGUGCAAGAAGUUAGCCUAAACAAAAAUAGUAUUACAGAAAUCGAUAUCGGCCGAUUUCCUACAAAUUGUUCAAUUAAAGUCUUAAGUUUAAAUAGCAAUCGCAUUAGACUUAUCAAAGAUGGAGCUUUGAACAAUUUGACAAAUCUCAACACUUUAAAAUUGAAUAAAAAUGCAAUUUCUUCUUUACCUCAUCAUUUAUUUAUGUACCAAUCCAAUUUAAAAACACUUGAACUAAAUCAUAACAAAUUGCAUGUUAUAAAUGGUCUACUAUUUCAAGGAUUAUCAAACUUAACAACUUUGAAAAUAAGAUUCAAUAGUGUAGAAAACAUCAUGGAUGGUGCUUUUUUGGGAUUUAAGUCUGUGAACUUGCUGCAACUAGAUCACAAUAAGAUAAAGAGUGUAUCAAAAGGUUGGAUGUAUGGACUAGAAUCUUUAACAACCCUAUCCUUGGCAAAUAAUUUAAUAUUGCACAUUGAUAUUGGUUCUUGGGAAUUGUGUAGUAAUCUACAGUUUUUGGAUUUAUCCCAUAACUAUUUGAUUCAGAUUGAAGGAAGAAGUUUCCAGCAUUUAAUUAAUCUUCACACAUUGAAUUUAAGUAGUAACAAUAUAUCAGUUAUUUCACAAGAAGCAUUUAGUCAUAUAAUACAAUUAAAAUCUUUGUUUUUAAAUAAUAACAAAAUAUCAUGGACUGUUGAGGAUAUGUCUGGAGCAUUUUCAAAGCUACAAAAUUUAGAAACUUUUAGUUUAUCAGCAAAUCAUAUUAAAUCAAUAAGCUCAAGAGCAUUUGAAGGCCUAACAAAUUUAAAUGAACUGGAUUUAAGAGGAAAUAAUAUUACCUCUAUACAACAACAUGCAUUUGAUUCUUUGACCAAUAUAAGGAAGCUCCAUCUAAACACAACAUCAUUGCUAUGUGAUUGUAAAAUAUUAUGGAUGGUAAAAUGGAUAAAGGAUAAGCUGGAACAUAAAUUUGUCACAGCUACAUGUGCUUAUCCAGCUGAAGUGAGAGGAACAUUAUUAUCUAGACUAAAAGAAGAAAACUGUGGUGAUUCACCUAAACCUAAAAUAGUUAAUCAUCCUAAAUCUCAUCUGGCCAUUAGAAACCGAUCAGCAAAUUUACUGUGUUCAGCCACAUCAAAUCCUUUUAGUAACAUGACAUUCUUAUGGAGAAAAAAUAAUGACAAUAUAAGUAAUCCUGUGGUAUAUGAAAAUGUAACAUUAACAAACAAAGGGCAACAAGCAACAUCUGUUCUUGUAAUACCUGAUGUGUCACACACUGAUUCUGGAAAAUAUCAAUGUGUAGUGAGCAACAAAUUUGGUACAACAUAUUCUACAAAGGCUAAGAUGAAUAUUGUUACAUUCCCUAGAUUUCUUAAAACACCCACUAAUGUAACUGUUAGAACUGGGGAGACUGUAACACUUAACUGUGCUGCUACUGGUGACCCACCUCCUGAGAUCUCUUGGAAAAAAGAUGGGGGGAAUGAUUUCCCUGCAGCAAGAGAAAGGAGAAUGAAUGUAAUGCCAACUGACCAUCUAUUCUUUAUUGUUAAUGCAAAACCAACAGACAUGGGAAUUUAUAGCUGUGCUGCGAAAAACCCUGCUGGUACAAUCAUAGCUAAUGCAACACUCAGUGUUUUGCAAGAACCUUCAUUCAUAAGAGUUAUGGGAAACAAAGAAGUUACAAGUGGGGAACCAGUGGUUUUGGAGUGUAUGGUACAAGGCUCACCACCACCAGUUUUAAAAUGGCUUAAAGACGGAUCUCCAAUUCUUCCUUCCGAAAGACAUUUUCUGGCAGGCAAUAAUCAGCUACUAAUUAUUAUUGGUGCACAAUCAGGUGAUGCAGGUCACUAUGAAUGUGAGAUAACAAAUAAUUUAGGCACUAAAAAGGAAAUUAUAGAGUUAAAAGUAUUACCACCAGUAGCAAUAAUGGUGAAAGAGGAAAAUAUGACAGGUAUAAUUAUAAUUACUGUAGUGUGCUGUGCAGUUGGUACAUCUAUAAUUUGGGUGGUAAUUAUUUACCAUACUCGUAGACGUAUGGCUGGGGCCAUGCGCAGUUACCCCACCGAAAGUGUGAAAAUGACACAAGUAGUGCAUAGUGAUAGUGAUUCCCCUCAUAUGUUUCCUGAUAACACAUCUGAACACUCAUCGUGCAAGGAUAGUGGAACAGGUGACUCUGCAAAACAAACAAGUUUUGAUGGAGUGCCCACAGACAGAAGUGAGCCAGUUCAUUUUGAGACUGCUGUAUGUCACAGCUAUUCCCCAGUGCCUGAAGCCCAUAAGCUUCUGCCAUCUUCUUUCAAACCGUCUAUACAACCCGGUAGUGGACAGCAAUUGGAGAUGGGUCAUGGCCCAUACCCCUCAAUGGGACCCGGUGGCACCGUGUCUCCUCAAGUACAACAAUGGUUUCGGGCUGUUGAUAAAGACCAAUCCGGUUUCAUUACAGCUAUUGAAUUAAAGGCUGCUUUAGUGAAUGGCCAAGGGCAGAAUUUCUCUGAUACAGCAUGUAAUUUAAUGAUAGGCAUGUUUGAUAAAGAUCGAUCCGGGCAUAUCAAUUUAGAAGAGUUUGACAAACUCUACACCUAUAUUAAUCAGUGGUUAGCAGUCUUCAAAACGUACGAUACUGAUCAAUCGGGACAUAUUGAUCAACCGGAAUUGUCUCAAGCACUAGGACAAAUGGGAUUUCGAUUCUCCCCAGAAUUUAUAUCAUUUCUGACAAAAAGAAACGAUCCGAGAGAGGGGAAAAUAUCAGUUGAUAAUUUCAUUGUAUUGUGUGUGCAAUUACAACGCUUUACUGAAGCUUUCAGAGCAAGAGACACACAGCAAAAUGGCACUGUCACUCUUGGGUUUGAAGAGUUCUUAAAUAUAGCUCUUAGUUGCUCUGUAUAA